AUGCAAAUAGAGCUCUCCACCUGCUUCUUUCUGUGCCUUUUGCAAUUCUCCUUUAGUGCCACCAGAAGAUACUACUUGGGUGCAGUGGAACUGUCAUGGGACUAUAUGCAAAGUGAUCUCGGUGAGCUACCUGUGGACACAAGAUUUCCUCCUAGAGUGCCAAGAUCUUUUCCAUUCAACACCUCAGUCAUGUACAAAAAGACUGUGUUUGUAGAAUUCACGGAUCACCUUUUCAACAUCGCUAAGCCAAGGCCACCCUGGAUGGGUCUGCUGGGUCCUACCAUCCAGGCUGAGGUUUAUGACACAGUGGUCAUUACGCUUAAGAACAUGGCUUCCCAUCCUGUCAGUCUUCAUGCUGUUGGUGUAUCCUACUGGAAAGCUUCUGAGGGAGCUGAAUAUGAUGAUCAGACCAGUCAAAGGGAGAAAGAAGAUGAUAAAGUCUUUCCUGGUGGAAGCCAUACAUAUGUCUGGCAGGUCUUGAAAGAGAAUGGUCCAAUGGCCUCUGACCCACUGUGCCUUACCUACUCAUAUCUUUCUCAUGUGGACCUGGUAAAAGACUUGAAUUCGGGCCUCAUUGGAGCCCUACUAGUAUGUAGAGAAGGGAGUCUGGCCAAGGAAAAGACACAGACCUUGCACAAAUUUGUACUACUUUUUGCUGUAUUUGAUGAAGGGAAAAGUUGGCACUCAGAAACAAAGAACUCCUUGAUGCAGGAUAGGGAUGAUGCAUCUGCUCGGGCCUGGCCUAAAAUGCACACAGUCAAUGGUUAUGUAAACAGGUCUCUACCAGGUGUAAAACAUUUGAAGGAUUUUCCAAUUCUACCAGGAGAAAUAUUCAAAUAUAAAUGGACAGUGACUGUAGAAGAUGGGCCAACUAAAUCAGAUCCUCGGUGCCUGACCCGCUAUUACUCUAGUUUCAUUAAUAUGGAGAGAGAUCUAGCUUCAGGACUCAUUGGCCCUCUCCUCAUCUGCUACAAAGAGUCUGUAGAUCAAAGAGGAAACCAGAUAAUGUCAGACAAGAGGAAUGUCAUCCUGUUUUCUGUAUUUGAUGAGAACCGAAGCUGGUACCUCACAGAGAAUAUACAACGCUUUCUCCCCAAUCCAGUUGGAGUGCAGCUUGAGGAUCCAGAGUUCCAAGCCUCCAACAUCAUGCACAGCAUCAAUGGCUAUGUUUUUGAUAGUCUGCAGUUGUCAGUUUGUUUGCAUGAGGUGGCAUACUGGUACAUUCUAAGCAUUGGAGCACAGACUGACUUCCUUUCUGUCUUCUUCUCUGGAUAUACCUUCAAACACAAAAUGGUCUAUGAAGACACACUUACCCUAUUCCCAUUCUCAGGAGAAACUGUCUUCAUGUCGAUGGAAAACCCAGGCCUAUGGAUUCUGGGGUGCCACAACUCAGACUUUCGGAACAGAGGCAUGACCGCCUUACUGAAGGUUUCUAGUUGUGACAAGAACACUGGUGAUUAUUACGAGGACAGUUAUGAAGAUAUUUCAACAUACUUGCUGAGUAAAAACAAUGCCAUUGAGCCAAGAAGUUUCUCCCAGAAUUCGAGACACCCUAGCCCUAGGCAAAAGCAAUUUAAUGCCACCACAAUUCCAGAAAAUGACAUAGAGAAGACUGACCCUUUGUUUGCACACAGAACACCAAUGCCUAAAGUACAGAAUGUCUCCUCUAGUGAUUUGCUGAUGCUCUUGCGACAGAGUCCUACUCCACAUGGACUAUCCUUAUCUGAUCUCCAAGAAGCCGAAUAUGAGACUUUUUCUGAUGAUCCAUCACCUGGAGCGAUAGACACUAAUAACAACCUGUCUAAAAUGACACACCUCAGGCCACAGCCCCAUCACAGUGGGGACAUGGUAUUUACCCCUGAGCCAGACCUCCAAUUAAGAUUAAAUGAGAAACUGGGGACAACUGUAGCAACAGAGUUGAAGAAACUUGAUUUUAAAGUUUCUAGUUCAUCAAAUAAUCUGAUUUCAACAAUUCCAUCAGACAAUUUGGCAGCAGGUAAUGAUAAUACAAGUUCCUUAGGACCCCCAAAUAUGCCAGUUCAUUAUGAUAGUCAAUUAGAUACCACUCUAUUUGGCAAAAAGUCAUCUCCCCUUAUUGAGUCUGGUGGACCUCUGAGUUUGAGUGAAGAAAAUAAUGAUUCAAAGUUGUUAGAAUCAGGUUUAAUGAAUAGCCAAGAAAGUUCAUGGGGAAAAAAUGUAUGGUCAACAGAGAGUGGUAGGUUAUUUAAAGAGAAAAGAGCUUAUGGACCUGCUUUGUUGACUAAAGAUAAUGCCUUAUUCAAAGUUAGCAUCUCUUUGUUAAAGAUAAACAAAACUUCCAAUAAUUCAGCAACUAAUAGAAAGACUCACAUUGAUCGCCCAUCAUUAUUAGUUGAGAAUAGUCCAUCAGUCUGGCAAAAUAUAUUAGAAAGUGAUACUGAGUUUCAAAAAGUGACACCUUUGAUUCAUGACAGAAUGCUUAUGGACAAAAAUACUACAGCUUUGAGGCUAAAUCAUAUGUCAAAUAAAACUACUUCAUCGAAAAACAUGGAAAUGGUCCAACAAAAAAUAGAGGGCCCCAUACUACCAGAUGCAGAAAAUCCAGAUAUGUCUUUCUUUAAGAUGCUAUUCUUACCAGAAUCAGCAAAUUGGAUACAAAGGACUCAUGGAAAGAACUCCCUGAACUCUGGGCAAGGCCCCAGUCCAAAACUAUUCAUAUCCUUAGGACCAGAAAACUCUGUGGAAGGUCAGAAUUUCUUGUCUGAGAAAAAUAAAGUGGUAGUAGGAAAGGGUGAACUUACAAAGGACGUAGGACUCAAAGAGAUAGUUUUUCCAAGCAGCAGAAACCUAUUUCUUACUAACUUGGAUAAUUUACAUGAAAAUAAUACACACAAUCAAGAAAAAAAAAUUCAGGAAGAAAUAGAAAGAAAGGAAACAUUAAUCCAAGAUAAUGUAGUUUUGCCUCAGAUACAUACAGUGACUGGCACUAAGAAUUUCAUGAAGAACCUUUUCUUACUGAGCACUAGGCAAAAUGUAGAAGGUUCAUAUGAGGGGGCAUAUGCUCCAGUACUUCAAGAUUUUAGGUCAUUAAAUGAUUCAACAAAUAGAACAAAGAAACACAUGGCUCAUUUCUCAAAAAAGGGGGAAGAAGAAAACUUGAAAGCUUUGGGAAAUCAAACCAAGCAAAUUGUAGAGAAAUAUCCACACACCACAAGGAUAUCUCCUAAGCCAAGCCAGCAGAAUUUUGUCACGCAACAUGGUAAGAGAGCUUUGAAACAAUUCAGACUCCCACUAGAAGAAACAGAACUUGAAAAAAGGCUAAUUGUGGAGGACACCUCAACCCAGUGGUCCAAAAACAUGAAACAUUUGACCCCAAGCACCCUCACACAGGUAGACUACAAUGAGAAGGAGAAAGGAGCCAUUACUCAGUCUCCCUUAUCAGAUUAUCUUACGAGGAGUCACAGCAUCACUCAAGCAAAUAGAUCUCCAUUACCCAUUGCAAAGGUAUCAUCAUUUCCAUCUAGUAGACCUAUAGAUCUGACCAGGGUCCUAUUCCAAGACAACUUUUCUCAUCUUCCAGCACCAUCUUACAGAAAGAAAGAUUCUGGGGUCCAAGAAAGCAGUCAUUUCUUACAAGGAGUCAAAAAAAAUAACCUUUCUUUAGCUAUUCUAACCUUGGAGAUGAUUGGUGAUCAAAAAGAGGUUGGCUCCCUGGUGACAAGUGCCACAAAUUCAGUCACGUACAAGAAAGUUGAGAACACUGUUUUCUUGAAACCAGGCUUGCCCGAAACAUCUGGCAAAGUUGAAUUGCUUCCAAAAGUUCACAUUUAUCAGAAGGACCUUUUCCCUACAGAAACUAGCAGUGGGUUUCCCAGCCAUAUGGAUCUCGUGGAAGGGAGCCUUCUUCAGGAAACAGAGGGAGCGAUUAAGUGGAAGGAAGCAAAUAGACCUGGAAAAAUUCCCUUUCUGAGAGGAGCAACAGAAAGCUCUGCAAAGACUCCUUCCAAGCUAUUGGGUCCUCUUGCUUGGGAUAACCAUUAUGGUGCUCGGAUACCAAAAGAAGAGUGGAAAUUCCAAGAGAAGUCACCAGAAAACACAGCUUUUAAGAAAAAGGAUACCAUUUUGCCCCUGAACCCUUGUGAAAGCAAUCAUACAAUAGCAGCAAUAAAUGAGGAACAAAAUGAGCCCCAAAUAGAAGUCACCUGGGCAAAGCAAGGUGGGACUGAAAGGCUGUGCUCUCAAAACCCACCAGUCUUGAAACGUCAUCAAAGGGAAAUAACUCUUAAUACUCUUCAGUCAGAUCAAGAGGAAAUUGACUAUGAUGAUACCAUCUCAGUUGAAAUGAAGAAGGAAGAUUUUGACAUUUAUGGUGAGGAUGAAAAUCAGAGCCCCCGCAGCUUUCAGAAGAAAACACGACACUAUUUUAUUGCUGCAGUGGAGCGGCUCUGGGAUUAUGGGAUGAGUAGUUCUCCGCAUGUUCUAAGAAACAGGGCUCAGAGUGGCAGUGUCCCUCAGUUCAAGAAAGUUGUUUUCCAGGAAUUUACUGAUGGCUCCUUUACUCAGCCCUUAUACCGUGGAGAACUAAAUGAACAUUUGGGACUCCUGGGGCCAUAUAUAAGAGCAGAAGUUGAAGAUAAUAUCAUGGUCUUCUUUGGCAAUGUGGAUUCAUCUGGGAUAAAACACAAUAUUUUUAACCCUCCAAUUAUUGCUCGAUACAUCCGUUUGCACCCAACUCAUUAUAGCAUUCGCAGCACUCUUCGCAUGGAGUUGAUGGGCUGUGAUUUAAAUAGUUGCAGCAUGCCGUUGGGAAUGGAGAGUAAAGCAAUAACAGAUGCACAGAUUACUGCUUCAUCCUACUUCACCAAUAUGUUUGCCACCUGGUCUCCUUCAAAAGCUCGACUUAACCUCCAAGGAAGGAGUAAUGCCUGGAGACCUCAGGUUUUUCAGGGAAAUCAAGACUCCUUCACACCUGUGGUGAACUCUCUAGACUCACCGUUACUGACUCGCUACCUUCGAAUUCAUCCCCAGAGUUGGGUGCACCAGAUUGCCCUGAGGAUGGAGGUUCUGGGCUGCGAGGCACAGGAGCUCUAUUGAGAGUGGCCACUGCAGCACCUGCCAGUGCCCGCAACCCUCCCUCCUCAGCUCCAGGGCAGUGUCCCUUCCUGGCUUGCCUUCUACCUUUGUGCUGACCUUCGGUUUACUUCCUGCCCCACAUUGUCCAUGGCCCCAUUAUUUUGCUAUGUAUUUAAACUAUACAGUCCUAGCAGACACUGCCUUGAAGCCUCCCGAAUUAACUAUCAUUAAUCCUGCAUUUAUUUGGUGGGGGGCCAGGAGGGUGCAUCCAAUUUAACUUAAUUCUUACCUAUUUUCUGCAGCUGCUCCCAGAUUAUUCCUUCCUUCCAAUGUAACUAGGCAAAAAGUUGUUUUUGCUUCCUUACACAUAGACAUAAUUAUGUUAUUUGGUCAUGAGGGGCACAUUCUUAUCUCCAAAACUAGCAUUCUUAAACUGAGAAUUAUAGAUGAGGUCCAAGAAUCCCUGAGUUUCCUGAAAUUAUAUAGGAUAUUCUGUAUAAAUGCAAAUGUGCAUUUUUCUGAUGAGUGUCCAUAGAUUUAAUCUCAGAAAGAUGUAGACAUAAAACCAUUUGGUCUUAACUCUGACCAAUAAAAAAUAAGUCAGGAGGAUGGAAUUGUUGAAAGCUUUGAAACAAAAUAACUAUGUCUUCUUGAAAUUUGUGAUGGCCAAGAAAGAAAAUGAUGAUGAUAAUAGGCUUCUAAGGACAUAUAUUUCAUAUUUCUGUAGAAAUAUGAGGAAAAUCCAUGGUUAUCUGGGAUAGGAGAUACAAACUUUGUAUUUUGUAUUUGGCCUACUUUGUAAUAAAGGAAGAUGGAUUUUGUAAAUCUUUGAGGUAGUGCCACAUAAAGUCCUAAAGAUCUAGCAAAUUCUUUGAAAAUCAUAAAUUUCCAUAAUGAAUCCUGGGGGGACAGGAAGAAACGGAACUGAUAGCAAACAGUUCAAAACUUUGUUGACAUCUGCUGUACUAAGAGGCACAUGCCCUGAGAUAGGAGUUCAACAGACUCUGCAGAUAAAACAGGAUGCAGUAAAGAAGCUGCCCAAACCUGCCAAAACCAAGAUGGCAACAUCCAGAAGUUACUGUACAUAGUCUGAAAGGAAGAGGAACCCUCAUUUCCAGGAAUUCCACACCCCAUUCCUGGAAAACUCAUAAAUAAUCCACCCCUUGUCUCGCAGGUGAUCAAGAAAUAAUCAUAAAAAUAGCCAACCAGCCUAUGGAGUAGCCACCCUUUCCUUCUUUUAUGUCUUAAUAAUUUGCUCUCACUUAAGUCUGUCAGCUCACUCUUGAAUUCCUUCCUGUGCAAAGCCAAGAACCUAUGUGACUUCUCAAGUUGAACCCCAGCUUUGAGGUUCGCCCUGUG